GUUGAGGUAGGUUGGUGGGACCACAGCUCCCAGGGUGCUCCGUGCCGCCGCCGUGUUGUGCCUCCGUGUCGGGGCGAGGAGGAGGAUGGUGACAGCGGGAGGAUGGAGUCAGUUUUAUCUAGGUAUGAAAACCAGAUCACCAUCCUGUCAGACUACUUAGAAGAAUUUCCAGAAACUGAUGAGCCAGUGUGGAUUCUAGGAAGGCAACACCACCUAAACACAGACAAAUCAAAGUUGUUGUUGGAUGUAAGUGCUCGUCUCUGGUUUACCUAUAGAAGAAAAUUCUCACCUAUUGGUAAGUUUGCAGCAGAGCAGUUGCUUUGUUAUAAAUCAGAUGGCAGGAUUAGUGAUGUCAUCAUGGACUGAAAAGUGAUCUUUUCAGUAUUACAACAUUUUGAACUUCGUUGUAACAAAAUAUUAAAGCUAUCAAACCCCAUGUUUACUUGUACCUGCAUAUAAUCAGGUCUUCCUGCAGAGCAAGCAGUAAAGUCAGAGCAGCAGCAUGGAAAGCAAAGGUUUUGUUCAGUGGCUUUACCCAUGACAGCUGCUAGAAAUUUUAGCUCUGAAAUUCCUCUGUGGUGCUGCACUUAUUUAAAGCCCCUGUGGGCUGUAAUAGAUGUUUUUAACAGGAGGCACUGGCCCUUCAUCUGAUGCGGGCUGGGGAUGUAUGUUGCGGUGUGGGCAGAUGAUGCUGGCACAAGCACUGAUCUGCAGGCACUUAGGAAGAGACUGGCAAUGGGAGAAACACAAAAAACAACCUGAAGAAUAUCACAGAAUCUUACGGUGCUUUCUAGAUAGAAAGGAUUGCUGUUAUUCCAUCCACCAAAUGGCGCAGAUGGGAGUUGGAGAGGGGAAGUCAAUUGGAGAGUGGUUUGGACCAAAUACAGUUGCUCAAGUAUUGAAGAAGCUGGCUUUAUUUGAUGAAUGGAAUUCAUUAGCAGUUUAUGUGUCUAUGGACAAUACAGUGGUCAUUGAAGACAUCAAGAAAAUGUGCUGGUCCCCUCCCCAGAGCAGCAGCACAGCCCACAGCAGUGCACAUAUGCACAGAGGUGCUCUGGGCCGAAAUAAGAACGCAGCAGGAUUCUGCACAGGCUGGAAGCCCCUCUUGCUUAUCAUACCUCUAAGGCUGGGGAUAAAUCACAUCAACCCGGUGUACAUCGACGCGUUUAAAGAAUGCUUUAAGAUGCCACAGUCUUUGGGAGCAUUAGGAGGGAAACCAAAUAAUGCCUAUUAUUUCAUAGGAUUUUUAGGCAAUGAGCUGAUCUAUUUGGACCCUCACACCACUCAGAGUUUUGUAGAUUCAGAAGAAAAUGGCACAGUUGAUGACCAGAGCUUCCACUGCCAGCAAGCCCCACACCGAAUGAAGAUCAUGAAUUUGGACCCUUCGGUAGCUCUAGGCUUCUUUUGCAAAGAAGAAUGUGAUUUUGAUAACUGGUGUAGUCUUGUACAGAAGGAGAUUCUAAAGCAACAGAGUCUUCGGAUGUUCGAGCUGGUCCAGAAGCAUCCACCGCACUGGCCUCCUUUCAUACCUCCAGCAAAGCCAGAAGUGACAACCACAGGAGCAGAACUCAUUGAAUCCACAGACAAGCUAUUUGAAUUGGAAGAAGAAUUUGAAAUCCUGAGUGUAUGAAGGAAGCUGUGGUGACCCUACAGAGUAUUGAACAUAUUGCUAAUAUUAUUGCAUUGACUUAAAUCAAACAGCCAUGUUAGCCCCAAAGUGCCUGAAAUUACAGAUAGCAGAGCACAAAAACCUGGUAGCACCCAGAACUCCAACAGUGGCAGUUCCUUCUGUCACAGAGCUUUGGCAGUAAAAGAUCUUUUAAGACCCUUAAAGGGAACCUCUUCCUAAUGUCUGUCUUUCCUGAAGACAAAUGGACCUUUAAGAUUAAGGCAAAAAUAAGUCUGGCAGUGGGCUGUGUGUUUGGAGAAAGGGAUAACACAAAAUGGAUACUUCUUGCUCUCAUAAAAUGCAAUAGUUAGUUCUUACAGAAAACUGUCUUCAGUUAAGGAGGAUGUUUACUUCUGUUCCCUCCUGUGGGCUGCAGCGUAGGAAAAAUACAUUGUCUUGUUUAAAAGAUCGACUGGAUCAGAAGAAAAUUGUUUCCUUGUUAAAUAUUUUAACAUGUAUUUGGGCAACCACACUUUAUUACAAAAAUGUUUCUGUAAAAGGAACUAUGUCUAAUGUAUACAUUUUGCAAUAGCCUUCCUGUUCCUGGGAAACCUCAAGAGGAACGGGAGACUCGAAUAGUCAAUAGAGAUCACAACCACUGUUCUAGGUAUGAUAUAUUUCACCUUGACCUUAACAUUCAGAUCAUUUAAACUUUGGCUGACUUUUCUUUUGGAGCUAAAAUGAGUCAGAGGUGGUAUAACUGUACCUUAUUUAUUUAAAAACAGAUUUACACAAGUUUCUCUGUUACGGCACUUUAUCUGUGCACCUAAUAAAUUUCUUAAGCUUUUCAUAGGUUGUAUGCUGCUAUACUUCAUUAAUUUGUUUGUGUGAACUAAAUGUAAACCAGGUUAUCCUAAAACAUAAUAUAUAGGCAUAUGCAAAUGACUUAUUGUUGGGUUUUCUGACUUGUUGCCUUUUGGAAGUCUGUUUUGGUAAAAGUGCCUUAAUUCUACAGGUUUAGCAGAACAGCCUGUGUGGUUCUGUUCCUAAGGCAGAGCAUCGCUCUAGCAGCAUUAAGAAAACCAGCUCAGAAUAAUUCAAGGCAAUGACCUUUUAAUCCAUGAUGAGUUCCUUUUGACUAUCAGACAGUUCCCACUGUGGUCGUUUUGUCGUGACAGUGUAAUGGACACAAAUCACAGAGUUUCAUCUUCACCAAUAAAUGACAACAUCAAGAAACACUGAAUGCUGUCUCCUCUCACUUGCACUUCUUGAUCAGGGCCAGUGUGAUUUCCAGUAAGAUAGGUGACCAGAUCAUAUUUUGUCUUGUUUGCCUUCAGUUUGAA